GUUUUAAACCUCCAGUUACCAAUUGUCGGCUCCGGUCACCCGACACGCAAAAUAACACGAGUUCGUCUAGUUUAUCGGUUUACUUUCAGUUUCGGGAAAUUAACAGUUUCGUUUUUUUAAUUUUAAUUUUUUUAGUGCUAAUUUAUUUCCAAAUUUUCGUUGUGCUUUUGUUUGUUGCAAGUUAUAAUAACCGCAUUAUAUUAUAAUAUAAUAUUGUAUGAAAAUAAAAUAUUUAGACAUGCAUAGGCACUGAAAACUAUACCGAAAUCAUCAUGGAACAACAAAACUCGGUACGCGGUGACGACGACACAGCUACCAGGCGUAAGUCGUUGGGUCGACUUAGAGACAUGUCCGUUGCGUGGGACAUAGACCCUCAAGCGAACAAAUACACGCGCAACGACGACACGGAACCAAGUUGUCCGAGUGGCCGAACCUUAAGCCAAGUACCGACAUCGGCAGACGGUCUGGUAGACGUGGAACUUACGCGGAAACCACCAAAUAUGUCAGCUAUGGAAAUGGAAAGCAUCAAGGAACGAGAGAGGGCGUCAAUGUUAAGGAAGUGUGCUCAACAUCUGGAGUUGGAGAGCGUGAACGGCAAAUACAGCAGAGAAAACUUUAAGCGCGGAAUACUCAACAAGGAGGUGCUAUCAAUAUUGUUUGAAUUAUUCGACAAAGACAAUGAACAAGUACUCAAGCAGGAACAAUGGAUACAAUCUUUAAAAGAGAGAUUACUAGAAGAAAAACAAGGAGAUUUAGCAGAACAGUUAGAAAGUGUGGCUUACGUGCUCUGCGGUGAUCAAGCUAUAAGCCUACAAAAAUUUUAUCAGAUAUUUCAAGCGAAAGGCAUCGUCGAAAAAGUAUUUCGACUUAUUGACAAGGAUUCAGACGGAAUCAUCACGCCAUCACAGGCCAUGGAUUUAAUAACUACGAUUACAUACUCUUGCAGAGUGAAAUCGGGAUUUGACAGCGAGAACCUGAUGUGGCUGGAACAGUUAUUUAGACAAACUGUCGGGAAUGAAAUGGAAAUUAAACGGGACGAUUUCAAUAAAAUUUUAAUCACCAAAAACCCAUUCUUCACUGAACGUGUAUUUCAAAUAUUUGACAAAGAUAACUCUGGGUCAAUAUCUUUACACGAGUUCAUUGAUUCAAUGCACCAAUUUGCAGGACAAACUCCAGAUGACAAAAUUCGAUUUCUGUUUAAAGUAUACGAUUUGGAUGGCGACGGUCUUAUACAGCACCGGGAAUUGCAGCAUGUGAUGCGUGCUUGUAUGGAGGAAAACGGAAUGCAGUUUUCGGAAGAUCAAGUGGAAGACCUGACGAUGGCGUUGUUCGAAGACGCCGACAGCGAGUCGAGAGGUGCCAUUACGUACGAAGCUCUCAAGAAUCAAUUACAAAAACACAACGGACUAUUGGAAAAUCUGUCGAUAAGCAUAGACCGCUGGUUAGUACCGCCAAAGCCAAAACAGCCGCCAGCCUCGGUCUGGGGAAAAAUCACUGCCUUGCGACCGUACCAGCUGACGUUGCCGUACAUGCGCAACAACUACGUCUAUCUGAUAUUCCUGGCCGUCUAUGUACUCGUCAACACGUUGCUGUUCGGUACCAGGAUCUAUCAAUAUCGCAAUUCCAAUAUCUAUACGAUUCUCGCUAGAGCCUGUGGCCAGUGUUUGAACUUCAAUUGUACUUUUGUGUUGGUUCUCAUGUUAAGGCAUUGUAUUACGUUCCUCAGAACCCGUGGAUUCUCAUUGUUUUUGCCCUUGGAUCAACACAUAUAUUUUCAUAAGAUCACGGGUUUUUUCAUAUUUGGUUAUAGUAUACUUCACACAUUUAUGCAUCUACUAAAUUUCAGUACCGUCAUAAUAUAUGAUCCAAAUUUAAAUUACGAAGGAUUCACAGUGUCAGAAUGGCUGUUUACCACCGACCCGGGACUUUUCGGACUCAUUUCUGGAUUUGCUAAUCCCACGGGUGUAUUGCUAAUCGUUAUCCUGUUCGUGAUGUUCAUUUGUUCACAGCCAUUCGUUCGCCGAGGAGGAUGCUUCGAGAUAUUUUAUUGGACUCAUUUACUGUACGUGCCUUUUUACUUACUUUUGAUUCUUCAUUGUCCAAACUUUUGGAAAUGGUUGAUCAUUCCCGGAUUAUUGUACUUGUGUGAACGUUUUUACCGUUUCUCAUUGAUGCGUUCCGAACACGGAAAAACGUACAUUAGUUCUGGUCUACUUUUACCGUCUAAAGUCACGCAUUUGGUAAUAAAAAGACCACCACAUUUUGAUUUCCACCCCGGUGACUAUGUUUUUGUGAAUAUACCGGCAAUCGCCAAGUAUGAAUGGCAUCCAUUUACUAUAAGUAGUGCUCCUGAACAAGAAGAUUAUAUGUGGUUGCAUAUCCGUGGAGUCGGAGAAUGGACAAAUCGAUUGUAUUCAUAUUUCGAAGAAGAACAGCAAAAGUUACAUUUACUUAACGAAGAACUGCCUGGUUCCGUUAAUAGCAAAACUUCCUCUGUAGAUACUAUAGAAUCUUCAAAAAUUAAAAAACUACAAACGUCUCUUCAGAGAACAUUUUCAGGAAGAACUGUGGAGGAUUCUGCCAAAGGAAAAUACAAGAAAGGCGGUGAUUUUAGCUAUACUAAUCAGAGUUUUAGCAGUUUGCCAGAAGACUUUCAAAUUAGAGGUUCGGAAAGCGAUGGCACUUCUGGUAACUCAAAAAUUCCAAUGGAAGCGAGAAAAUCAGUGAAAAAAGCUCAAAAUACCAAUCUCCACAAACUUGUUUUGAUCAACAAGGCUCCACUGUCGAAAUCAUUGUCUAUGCCUGAUAUGGAAAAUCGUAUUAAAAAGAGAGAACGUCUAUUAGCUUUACGAACUUACAUGCGAUCUGAAUCCGAGAAGAGUUUCGACGAAUGUCAAAUGAAGAGAGCAAGACUUCAAUCUCUAGGUUUGGCAUAUUUAAGCCCCCAAAAUAAGUCGUUGGCUCAAAGUUUUCGUUACAUGAGACACAAGCCGACCAUCAUAGCUUUCAAAACUCCGAGCUUAGAAAAUUGCGAGACCAAAGUUUCGUCGUAUAGUAUCACAAUAGAAACGUCGUCCAAUAUGGGCAGCAUGGAGUUUGUGACCAACGAAAACAAGUCAAAGGAAAGAUCUAAAGAAGACAACAGUAGUCAGUCGCCCAUAAAUUACCCUGUCGGCAAACCGCUGGAAAUCUAUCUCGUUGGGCCGUACGGUGCACCGUCCAGUCACAUAUUCCGAGCACAGCACGCCGUGAUGAUAGCCACGGGCAUUGGUGUCACACCGUUCGCUUCCAUAUUGCAAUCAAUCAUGCACCGUUACUGGAAAGCCCGGCACACGUGUCCAAAGUGUAAAUACACGUGGGCGAGUGAAAUACCUCCCACGGUGAUGCAUCUCAGAAAAGUUGAUUUCUUUUGGAUUAAUCGUGAUCAAAGAUCGUUUGAGUGGUUCGUGAAUUUACUGUCACAACUAGAAAUCGAACAGGCUGAGCUCGGCGGCGCUAUGGAGAGGUUCCUAGAGAUGCACAUGUAUAUAACUUCGGCCUUGCAAAAAACCGAUAUGAAAGCCGUUGGACUCCAACUAGCUUUGGAUUUGUUGCACGAAAAGGAAAAACGAGAUUUUAUCACAGGUUUGAAGACCAGAACCAACGCGGGCAGGCCAAACUGGGAUAAAGUGUUCAAGCAAUUAUUAGACCAAAAGAAAGGAAAAAUCACAGUAUUUUAUUGCGGUCCGCCACAACUCGGUAGACUUCUUAGAGUUAAAUGCGAUCAAUUUGGAUUUGAUUUUCGAAAGGAAGUUUUUUAG